AUGUUAAAAAAUAACUUUAAUCCUGAUAUUAGUGAUGAUGAUUAUGUAAGUGAGAAACAAAUAUUUCAAGGAUCCAACAAAACUAUAUUAACUGUAGAAUCAAUACAUGUGGUAAAAGGUAUAGAUAAAGAUAUAAAGAAACAAAUAGAAGAAGGAAAAGUUUUUUUGAGUGAUAUAAGUCCAGUAAAGAAUGCAGAAAUUGAGGAAGCAUUUUUAAAAAGUUUAUUUAAAAGUUCUUCUACAUGUUAUAACAAUAAUGAUAAAAUUUUUCAUCAUCAUUUUAAUGAUAAAAAAAAAGAUUAUUCUAAUGAAAAUUCUUCGGAAGAAAUAAAUAUAAAUAUAGAAGAAAAUUAUGAUCGGUUUAAUAUAGAUAAAUCAAAAUAUUAUAAUAAUGAUAAUUUAUUAUCAUAUAAUAAAAAGAAUAAAAAUAAUAAUGAUAAGGAUGAUGGAAUAGAUGAUAACGUACUUAUUCGUCCUCCUAGUGAUUUACAAGAACAUAAAGAUGAUGAGAUAUCAUCACAAUAUUUUAAAAGUUAUUCAUUUGUAAAAAACUUGUCUUCAAAUAUUUUUGAAAAAUAUACUUUUAAUGAUUUACCUGAUUUGUUAGAACAAGAAACUAUUAAUUAUAUUAAAAAGCAAGAAAGGAUAUUACAAAAAAAAAGAUUAAAUGCAAAUUUAGAAGCCUUACGUUUACAAUAUAUACCAAUAAAUAAUGAUAAAUUUGUUACUAUACCUACUGAUAUUAAAGAAAAUAUUUUAGCUUUAUUUGCAUGUAUUAUUAUAAAACAUAUAGAUUCAUUUGAAGAUGAAGAUAUACAAAAUCAUUUAGAUGAAUUGUGUAAAAAUUUUUUAAAACAGCUAGCUGAUUUGUUAGUAAUAGAUCCAAUUGCAUAUCAAUGUGUUAUUAAGCCUUUUGAUCAAAGAAAAAUACUUAGAGAAGUAACAGGAGAUAAAACACCUUAUGUUCUUUACGAAAAGCCAUUUGUUGAUAAUAUAUUAGAAAAAAUAGGAAGUCUACAAGCUAAUAUAGAUGCUAAAUUUAAAAAUGUCGUUGAAGAAUUAAAUAAUGAAAUGGACUUUUGGCAAAAUGAUCAUAUAGAUGAUGAGCAAAGUGAUCAAGAUAAAGAAUAUUUAAAAAAUGAAAUGUUAUUAGAACAUGAGAAUCUCAAAAUUGAAGACAACAAAUUAUAUAUAAAAAAUAAUAUUUCACCUACGAAAAUGUUUUCUGAAAGGGAAAUUGAUGAUAAUUAUAAGGAGGAAGCAAUAAAUGAUUGCUUUACUAUAAAUAAUAAGAAUGAAGAAAAAAUAUUAAAAAAGAUUAAUAAGAAACAUGACACCAAAAAGGGGAAUCAAAUAAAUGAUAGUAAUGGAUGUACAAAUAUUGGAGAAUGUAAUAAUGAUCCCCCGAAUGUCAAAUCGGUUGAUAAAAAUAAAUUAGACACUUCUAAAGUGGAAAAUAAGGAUAAUAUUGAGGAGGAAAAUGUGGUGUAUAAAAAAGAAAAGAAAAUUGCGUCAGCUGGACAAGGUGACAAUAAGGAUAAUGAUAACAAUAAGGAUAAUGAUGACAAUAAGGAUGAUGAUGACAAUAAGGAUAAUGAUGACAAUAAGGAUAAUGAUGACAAUAAGGAUAAUGAUGACAAUAAGGAUGAUGAUGACAAUAAGGAUGAUGAUGACAAUAAGGAUGAUGAUGACAAUAAGGAUGAUGAUAACAAUAAGGAUAACGAUGACAAUAUGGAUGAUGAUGAUAAUCCAAACGAAGUAAAAGAAUGUAAUAAAAAGAAAAAAAAGAAUAAAAAGAAAAAGAAGAAAAAAAAGAAGAUUAAAGAUAAUCCAAAUGGACGUAAGGAAAAAGACAAGUUAGAUGACCAAACUAAGGAAGAUAAAAUAAAAAGCAAUGCUUAUUGUGAAAAAGUGAAAAAAAAGAAUGAAGAAUUUGGUGAUUUUAUUAAAAAGGAUAGUAAUACGUCUGAACAACUUAACAGUAGCAAUAAUAGCUUCAAUAUCAAUAAUUUAGAAAAUAAUAAAAUAAGAAAAAAUAUGAAUGAGAAAAAUGUAAAACAUGAUAUGAUAAACGAUGGAGAUAUUUUAUCGAAGAUAAAAACUCAUAUUGUAAAUAAAAUGGAUAUAUAUGAAAGUGAAAGUUAUUAUGAUGAGAGUGAUAUGGAGAAGCAUUUAAAUCACGGUGUUCCUAUAAAAGCACCUGAAGUAAAAUCAGUAUUAUUGAGAGAUUUGAUUACUACAUAUAUAAUGACAGGUAAUAAUAAUGCAAGAAUUCAUUUAUUCUUUCAGAAGUUUGCAAAAUGUCUAAAAAUAAAUGAACUUUUAAUAUUAAGGAUAGAAGAAAAUUUGGCAGCAGAUUUAAUAAGUGCUUUACAAGCAUCAACCAAUGAAACAGCAAAAAGAAGAAACAUUAGAAGAAUGAAAAUUGCUGCAGCAGCUUUAGGGGGUGGUGCAUUAAUAGCAUUUACUGCAGGAUUAGCUGCUCCAGGUAUUAUAGCAGGUUUAACAGCUCUGGGUGCAGGUGGUAGUAGUUUAACUGCAUUUUUAGCUUCAGCGAGCGGUUUAGCAUUUAUUGUUUCAUUGUUUGGUGCUGGUGGAGCAGGUUUGACUGGUUACAAAUAUAGUAGAAGAAUAGCAAAUAUAAAAACAUUUGAAUUUAUUAUGUUGAAUGGUAAUAUUUCUAAAUCGUUGAGUGUAUGUGUUUGUGUAAGUGGAGAGAUUAAAAGUGAUGAUGAUAUAACAAAUCCAUGGUUAGAGGUAUUUCCAAAUUGUUAUUGUGAUUUAUAUUGUUUGAAAUGGGAAAAUCAUUUAUUAAAAACAUUGGGAUCAUUAAUUGAAACAAUGUUAUCACAAGAAUUUGCAAUAACAGCUAGUAGAAUAUGGUUACAAUAUACAAUUGCUAGUACUUUAAGUGCAGCCUUAACAUGGCCAUUAGCAUUAAUUAAAUAUGCAUCAAAUUUAGAUAAUGUAUAUUUAUUAAUAAGAGAAAGAGCUCAACAAGCAGGUCGUAUUUUAGCUGAUGCACUAAGUGAUAGAAAUACAGUUGGUCAACGCCCUGUUAUUUUAAUAGGUUAUUCAGUUGGUGCUCGUGUUAUAUUUUAUUGUUUAAAAUAUUUAUAUUCAAAGAAAUUAUAUAAUAUUGUAAGCAAUGCCAUAUUUAUUGGUCUUCCUGCUACUACUAGUACAAGAGUAUGGGAAAAAAUACGUAUGGUAGUAACUAAUCGUGUUAUUAAUGUAUAUUCAAAAAAUGAUUGGCUUCUAGGAUUCUUGUAUAGAUAUAUGGAAUGGAAAAUAAAUGUUGCUGGCUUGAUUGCAGUCAAAGUACCUAAUGUGGAAAAUUAUGAUGCAAGUGGCAUCAUACAUAGUCAUUUAGAUUAUAAGAGAAAAUUAAAAGACAUUUUUCAUUUAAUCAAGUUUGAUAUGUAA